GUCAUUAGUUCCACUUUUGUGUACGUAAAACAAACCGGCAUUUUACACACUUGCAAAAUAUGAAAUCUUGCGUGGCUUUACUUUGUCUGGUGGGCUUCGCAUGUGCGCUGGACAAGUCGAUUGUUUCGGGUAUUUUAAAGGACAUCGAAAAAAUUGGAGCUGAAUGCGUCAAAGAAACUUCCGCCAGCGAGGAUGAUAUUGCUCAGUUAAAUGCCAAAAAAGUCCCUACCACCCAUGAAGGCAAAUGCAUGAUGUUCUGCUAUGCUAAGCAUUUCGAGAUGAUGAACGAUGAUGGAUCUCUCAGUGACGCCAUUCUCAAGAAAUGGGACGUCAUUAAAGGAAACGACGAAGACGUUUACAACAAACUCGUGCAAGUGCACAACACCUGUCACUCAAAAACUUCCUUAAAGGCUGACCCAUGCGACACUGCAACUGACCUGGCAGUCUGUUCACUCGAAGAAAGUAGCAAACUUGGACUUAUGGAACAAUUUGCGUAGUUGGAGCCCUAAGCAAUGAUGUGGCGUUCUUUUUGGAUUGUUUGUUGUAUUUAGUUUGUUGCCUAUAUUCAAUAAAAUUAGUUAUCAAAGUCGUCCUGCUUAUUCCAAAAGUUUUAUUUUGCAUUUAGUGUUACAAAGACAAAUGAAUAUCAAUGACGGUGUUGAAAGCAGUCGCCGAAAUAAUUGCCCUAAAGAUCUACAUGUGCAACUAAACCACACUUAAUUAUUAAUUAGAAAACCAAACCAUAAAUUCAAAUAAAUGAUACCAAAUACUAAAACUAAUUCAU